AUGGCGCUGGGAGGGAAGUGGCUGCAGUUUUCCCCCCGCUCCUGCGCCCGCAGGGACCCGAGCGCCGCCCGGGGCAUCCGAGAGCGGCGCUGCGUUGUUGCGGGGGGCUUUUCCUGCCCGUUUCUGGCUCCUCCGAGCCCGCUCGGUUCAGCGCGAGAGGAGGAGCGACGCGAGGAAGCAGCGGCCCCCGCCCUGCGGGCAGCCACGGAGCCUGCAGCCCGAGCAGCAGCAGCGGCCCCGGCGCCGUUCCCGGCGUUCGGGCUCUCCCUCAUUGCCGGCUGGCCGCAGGAUGGCCUUCCCUUUCCUAUGGGAAGGUCCCAGCCUGGCAUCUCCCGGCACAGACCCGAUUCCAGCCUCUUCUCCGCGCUGCACCGUGGCCGAGCAUCCGCCCGGAGCCCUAAGCCCCUUGCGGACGGAAACUCUCUGUCUUGUCUCCCGCUGUGCCUCCCGCGCGAGGCCCGGCCUGGCUCCUUAUCUCGUGGCGCGUGUUGUGUCUCUCUCUCUCCCAAACAGGCGACCAAGCAGUUCCUAGAAGAGAUCAACAAGUGGACGGGCCAGUACAAUGUGUCCCCGCUCUCCUGGAACGUGGCCGUCAAAUUCCUGAUGGCCCGCAAGUUUGACGUGCUGCGGGCGAUCGAGCUCUUCCACUGCUACCGGGAGACACGCCUGAGGGAAGGCAUUGUGAAGCUGAAGCCGCACGAGGAGCCGCUGCGCUCGGAGCUGCUCAGCGGGAAGUUCACCAUCCUGAGCGUGCGGGACCCCUCGGGAGCCUCCAUCGCUCUCUUCACGGCCAAGCUGCACCACCCCAGCAAGAGCGUGCAGCACGUGGUGCUCCAGGCACUCUUUUACCUGCUGGACCGCGCCGUGGAGAGUUUCGAGACGCAGCGGAACGGGCUCGUGUUCAUCUACGACAUGGCGGGCUCGCAGUACACCAACUUCGAGCUGGACCUCAGCAAGAAGAUCCUCAACUUGCUCAAGGGCGCCUUCCCGGCUCGGCUCAAGAAGGUCUUCAUCGUGGGAGCGCCCAUGUGGUUCCGCGUGCCCUACUCCAUCAUCAGCCUCCUGCUCAAGGAGAAGCUGCGGGAACGGGUGCAGAUGGUGAAGAUGUCUGAGCUGAAGGAGCACCUGCCCCGGGAGUGUCUCCCCGAAUACCUCGGUGGCUCCCUCAAGCUGGUCCCUCUGAGCUGGAACUGCCGCUUCCUGCCCCAGCAGAACGGCCACCCCGACCCCCUCGAUGAGCUCAUCUUGGUACCGUUGGCACCCCCGAAAGACAACGGCUCUGUCCAUGUCCCGGGGCCCAAAUCCAUCACCGUCCAGGAGCUGCUGGACCACGUCACCCACAAGCAGAAGCGCGGCAUCUACGAGGAGUAUGAAGACAUCCGGCGCAGGAGUCCGGCCGGGACCUUCGUGUGCUCGCUGGCGCCCCACAACCAGGAGAAGAACCGCUACGGGGAUGUGCCCUGCCUGGACCAGACGCGUGUGAAGCUGGCCAAGCCCUACAGCCGCCCGGAGCUGACGGACUACAUCAACGCAAGCUUCAUGGACGGCUACAAGCAGAGGAAUGCCUACAUCGGCACGCAAGGGCCGCUGGAAAACACCUACGGGGACUUCUGGCGCAUGGUGUGGGAGCAAAAUGUCCUGGUGAUCGUCAUGACAACGCGGCUGGAGGAGGGCGGCCGGAGGAAGUGUGGCCAGUACUGGCCUCUGGAGAAGGAUUUCCAGGUGCGCUACGGGGCGCUCACCAUCACCAACCUGGGCGUGGAGAACCUGAACCAUUACAAGAAGACCGUCCUGGAGCUCCACAGUUCGGAGAGCCGGGAGCGGCGCCUCGUGUCGCACUUCCAGUACCUGAGCUGGCCGGAUUACGGCGUCCCCUCGUCCGCCGCCACCCUCAUCGACUUCCUGGGUGCCGUGAAGCAGCAGCAGCGCGUGGCCGCCAGCGCGCUGGGCCCCCGCUUCAAGGGCCACCCCGGGGGCCCCCCGGUCGUGGUGCACUGCAGCGCCGGCAUCGGCAGGACAGGUACCCAGCCCCGCUCCGGGGAUGCCGAGGCAUGGCCGGAUUCGCCGGCUUACUUUCGUCCCAACCCUUUUAACGUGAAACUGUGA